AUGAUUAAUGCAUCAGAACCAAAACAUCAGAAAUUACCAAGAGAUAAAAUUACACCAGAAUAUAUUGCUCAAAUUAGAGCAUUGAGGAGAGAAAGACAUGAAAGAGAACAACGAGAAUUGGAAUUGAAACAAAUAAGAACAAAAUUUUUCAUUAAAAGACCUAUUCUUUAUGUUCCCAACAAACAAGAGCAGCGGCAACAACAAAAAGUAGCUCAUGAUAAUCAAUUUAUUAAUAUAAAAAUUAUGACAUACAACACUUUAGCACAGACGUUAAUUAGAAGAACAACCUUCCCUGAUUCAGACGACGCUAUUAAGUGGCAUAAUAGGUCUAAGGUUUUAAUGAGAGAAAUUAAAUACUACCAUAGCGACAUACUUUGUUUACAAGAAGUAGAUAAAAUACAAUGGGAAAGGUUCUGGGCUGAAGCUUUAGCGGAAGUGGAUUAUAAAGGUGAGUUUUUCACAUAUCCAGGUAAAGUCCAUGGUGUGGCAAUUGCAUGGAAUACAGAAAUAUUUGAUGAAAACCCGGUUGAUGUCAUCCCACUGAUCUUAGAUAAAAUUAUUGCAGGUGGUAAUAUACGUACUUCCACUAGAACAAGAAGUGUGGCAUUAAUAGUUGCACUAAAAUUUAAACAAACCCAUACACAACCCUCUAUCUCAGAUAAACCAAAUGGUAUUAUUGUAGCCACAACGCAUUUAUUUUGGCAUCUUUUUGGCACUUUUGAAAGAACAAGACAAUGUUACAUUAUUUUAGAAAAAUUGCAUCAUAUUAGACAAAGAUUGAUUCAUUCAGGAUUAUGUAAAUAUUGGUACACUUUUUGGACCGGUGAUUUUAACUCACAACCUUGUGAUCCACCCUAUUUAUCUAUUACAGAAAAACCAAUAAAAUUAACUGGUAGACCUAAAGCAAUUAUUGAAUGUAGUACAUCUUACCAGUACUCAAAAAGGAGAAACGGUGAAUUAUCUAAUAAGAGUGACUCCAGUGAUAGUGAAGGUAAUAACGAUGAUGAAGAAGAUUCCAUACCUGAUAAUCAACCUACUGAGCCUAGACCAUACACUUAUGUUGCGACUCCAGAACAGUCUACAUUAGUUCAAAAAUUGCUUGAUUUACAUAAUAGAGUACCAUUAAAAGCUGUUUCUUUGUACGGUUUAGGAUAUCAUUUAGUGCAUCCUGAAAAUUCUAAUCCAUCUACAACAAAUAGCGAACCCCAAUUGUCCCAUAUAUCGUUAAAAUGGGAAGGUUUAUUAGACUAUAUUUUUCUUGUGAAACCAUGGGAUCCAACAAAUAGUGAAGAGUCAAGUAAUCAAGAUAUAAUUGAAAAUGUUGAGAGAGAUUGUCACCUACAUAUUAAGGGAUAUUUAAAGAUGCCUUUAGCUGAGGAAAUGCCUCACCAUACAGAACCACAUACCGGGGAAUAUCCAAGUGAUCACUUAGCCAUGAUGUGCGAUUUGGAAUUAGAGUUAUAA